CAGGAGUGUAUCGAGCAGCAGAGGGGCUUGAUCUUGACAGCAUUUCUUUCUCUACACCUUAUCUGAUGCACUUGCGCCUCUGGCACCUUUGGAAACCACUUGAGAAAUGAAUGGCUACGGAUCGCCCUACCUCUACAUGGGGGGCCCGGUGUCCCAGCCGAGAGCGCCCCUCCAGAGGACCCCCAAGUGUGCGCGCUGCAGGAACCACGGCGUGCGGUCCUGGCUGAAAGGGACCAAGCGCUACUGCCGGUUUAAGGACUGCACUUGCAGAAAUUGUAUUCUGAUAAUCGAGCGGCAGCGGGUGAUGGCGGCUCAGGUGGCGCUGAGGAGGCUACAGGCGAACGAGAGUUUGGAGAGUUUGAUCCCAGAGUCUCUGAGGGCGCUGCCCGGCAUCACGGUAGGCAGCGGAGAGCAGAGCGCGAACCCGCGGGCCAGCGACAUAGACCUGCGCUGGAGCACAGACACCGUACCCCCAAAACAGACCGCAAACCUAAGUGAUGAGCUGUCCGGUGAGCAGUCUGGAGGAGAGAACGGUGGCAGUGACAGAGAACCAGAAGCAGUCAGCUCCCCAGAAGAGUCCAAACCCAACCUCUGCUGCACCCCUGACACCUCUGACCCAUCUCCCCAGCUUGAGGAGUCCCGCUUUGGCAUGUCAAAAUCCUGCUCUGACCCAGAACCCAAAUCUGACAACCCUAAAUACUCCCCUGAGCCCAACCUCCUCAUCGAAGGCCUCUCCGGCUCCGUCUCUCUCCCUUUCAGCCUGAGAGCCAACCGACCCCCUCUGGAGGUCUUGAAGAAGAUCUUCCCAGCCCACAAACCAGCAGUCCUGGAGCUCAUCCUGAAAGGCUGCGGUGGGGAUCUGGUCGGAGCCAUCGAGAUCCUGCUCUCCAGCCGUUCCACGAUGAAACCUGAAAAGAUUCUGUCGGAGAGCUCAGAUGCUCUGGUUCUUCCCUCAAACGGCCACCUCUUUGAGCAUCCGCUCAGCUCCUACCCAGUAUCAUCUUCCAAAUGGUCGGUCGGGUCGGCCUUCCGUGUUCCCGAUUCCCUUCGCUUCUCCUCUGAGUCAUCUGGUGGGGUCGUACCGGGCCCCCUGAGCAUGCCACUACAGCACGGCUUCCCUCAGCCCCCUCGAUACCCCCUCAUGCUGAGGAAUUCGUUGAGCCGUGGCCAGGCUGGGCCAUUUAUGCACAAUGAUGUGACUCUGUGGAAUACCAUGACAUUGCAGCAGCAGUAUCAGCUGCGCUCUCAGUACGUCCCACCAUUUUCAGGCCCCUCAGCCGGGGUGAUCCGCAGCUCUCCGCUCCUCACCAGCAGACCCAGUGAAGAGCAUCGGAUCAGCAUCCAGGAGGAGAGCUGCCCCGUCAUUGCCAAACAGAGCAUGUACGCUGCAGAUGAGGAGUACGAUGAUAGAUCUGACUCCUCAGACUCCAGGAUCCUCAAUACUUCCUCCUAACUCCAGCGGUUACAAAAUAAGCCCUGAAAUAUGGCUUGAAAUAAUAGGAAAGAGACUCUGCUCUUCUAGGGAGCGCAAUGAAAAGAUGUACAGUGCAUUACUUGAGGUAUUGUAUUUCUACCUGAUUUGAGGUUGUCGUGCCAACUUAAUCAUGUGUGGAAUAACAUUAGCUUUAAUUUUUUGAGUUGGGGGGGUCAUUAAGGGACUAUUGAUUGACCAAAAAUUCUGAAUAACAAUUUUGAGCACAGUGAUAUGGAUUACCACUUUGCAUGAAAUGUACCAUUGAUGACAAUUUAAUGUA